AUGGCCAGCAUAUCGAUUAGCGCUCCAGGUUUGAGCAGCGGUGGAUUUCUCUAUAAUAAUGGCAAUAACAAUGCGCGACUAUGCAUUACAGCUGAGUCCGACGAUUUUGACAUGGAGAUCAUCAAGAGCUGGCAAGACGAAGGCUUCGAUGUCGUCUAUCUUCCCUACAAUGGCGGUGGGAAGGACUACGGGAGAAGGCUUCUUUCUGUAAAGGAGGGACUCGGUGUAGGCGAAAAUUACGGCGUGAUUGCUUUCGGUGAUGCCGCAAAUUACUGCCUCGAUUUUUAUAUCAACUCCAUAAAUGCCAGCCGCCUCUGUGCCCUGGUGGCUUAUUACCCGACCCUGAUUCCAGAUACCAGAUCGCGAUUCCCUCUCUCGCUCCAAGUCCUCGUCCAUUUGGCCGGCGAAACGGUCGAUGUCAUGGUCCAGCCAGUAGCGCUCGGUAUACAGGGAAAGAAGCGCCGCCAGUCGCGGCCGAUAAACGCCGGUGUUGGAACUGGCGAGCGUUUAGACCUGGCAUAUCCCGCGUUCACGUAUGAUAAUGCCGUACCUGGAUUCGCAGAGUCUGAUGUGGAUGAAUACGAUCAUCUCUCCGCGGAUCUGGCGUGGACGCGGACAUUGAAAGUGCUCCGGAAGGGGUACUCGCGCGAUCCAGAUCUAGAACGGCGAUUGGAGGAUCAUGUGGAAGCCAAGUUCUUCUCCUCGGAUGUCAAAAAGACAAUGGACGGAUAUGUCCGAGAUAAAACACCAGGUGUCACAUAUACACCAACAAUCAGUGGUGGAGUCGGCAAAAAGGCUCUGCGUCAUUUCUACGAAAACUUCUUCAUUGGCAAACUCCCCGCAUCAAUGCGACUCCGUCUUCUCUCUCGCACCACAGGCCCAGACCGCAUCGUGGACGAGCUUUAUGUAAGCUUCGAACAUACCCAAGAAGUCCCAUGGAUUCUCCCAGGUGUGCCACCAACAAACAAGCGCGUCGAGAUUAUCCUUGUGAGUAUCGUCAGCAUGCGCGGUGGUCGCCUCUACUCCGAGCACGUAUACUGGGAUCAAGCCAGCGUUCUUGUGCAAGUCGGACUCAUAGAUCCGAAACUCCUCCCUCAUGGAGUUCAAGGCGUUGACCGACUCCCUGUUGUCGGCCGCGAAGCCGCACGCCGAAUCCUCCAUGAGGAUACGGAGCUUGAGCAGGAAGAUUAUCACAACAAGAUGAUUAAGCGGGCUCGCGCGCGUGCGCGCAGAAAUCAGAACUUGAGUUCGCGUGCUUCGCAGGCUGCUGAAGAUUCUGGGACAGAGUUCCAGAGCGAGGCUGGACGGUCUUUGCCUGAUAGAAGUCGGAAUAAGGGGAAGAGUGUUCAGCAGCCCAGUCAGGCGGACCAGGAGGAUGAGGGUGCUGAGACGGAGACGGAGUCGAAUGUGGCAGCUAGGUCGGAGGCGGGCGAGAAUGGGAAGCAUUAG